AUGCUAUCCAGUGCGAGCAUUCUGUUUGUCGCGUCGCUCUUCGCGGCAUUGCCUGUGCAAGCCGAUGGCAUUUACACCAAGAACUCGCCGGUGCUCCAGCUAAAUGCCCAGACCUAUAACUCGCUUAUUGCAAAGUCAAAUUACACUUCAAUCGUCGAAUUCUACGCUCCCUGGUGCGGUCACUGCCAGAGCCUCAAACCCGCCUACGAGAAAGCCGCUAAGAACCUCGACGGACUCGCGAAGGUCGCCGCAAUCAACUGCGACGAUGACGAAAACAAACCCUUCUGCGGGCAGAUGGGCGUCCAGGGUUUCCCAACCCUGAAGAUCGUGACUCCCACCAAGAAAGCCGGAAAACCCCGCGUGGAGGAUUACCAAGGUGCGCGCACCGCCAAGGGCAUCGUCGACGCGGUCGUCGACCGCAUCCCCAAUCACGUCAAGCGUGCAUCGGACAAGGACCUGGACAAGUGGCUCGGACAAGAUGAGGAACGACCAAAGGCAAUCCUUUUCACCGAGAAGGGCACAACCAGCACGCUCAUUCGUGCGCUGGCAAUUGAUUUCCUUGGCGCGAUUGACAUCGCCCAAGUCCGCAAUAAGGAAACAGCUUCGCUGAAGAAAUUCGGUGUGACUGAAGUCCCUGCCCUGGUCCUCAUCCCUGGCCCCGACGCCGAACCCAAGAUCUACGAAGGCGAACUGAAGAAGAAGCCCAUCACCGAAUUCCUCAGCGAAGCGGCAAAGCCCAACCCAGACGCCUCUGGCCGCGCCGCCUCAGACUCAAAGCCCAAGCCCAAGCCCAAGAAGAAGUCCAAGCCCGCUUCCAAGCCUACCUCCGUCGCCGAUGAACCCGAUAUCAACCCCACUGCUUCUCAGGACCAGGAGACCACCGAGCCAUCCUCCAAGCCUGCCCACGUGCCGAUCCCUGCUCCUCCUAUCCCUACUCUCUCCACACCCGAAUCUGUUGAAGCUUCCUGCCUCGCCCCAAAGUCCGGCACUUGUGUCCUUGCUCUCCUCCCAGGAGCGAGCGAACCUGAUGCCGCGCUUCCACAGCCUGCCACUGAUGCUCUUGCCAGCCUUGCUGACAUUGCACACAAACAUGCCCAGCGCGGUGCCCACCUAUUCCCAUUGUACGCGGUGCCUGCUAUCAACAGUGGCUCUGCGAUUCUUCGCGAUGCGUUGGGAUUGGCGGCCGAUGACGCUCAUAGCGUCGAGCUUAUCGCGCUGAACGCUCGUCGCGGAUGGUGGCGCCGAUACAGUGCCGAGGAAUUUGGUGCUAUUGCCGUUGAGUCUUGGAUUGAUGCCAUUCGACUCGGAGAGGGCACUAAGGAGAAGUUGCCUGAGGGCAUUAUCAUUGGUGCCGAGGCUGAGACUACCGAGCCUGUCGCAGAUGCCGAGACUGCCGAGGCCGAGGAUGCGGAAGAGAAGACUGCCGAGCAUGAUGAACUGUGA